AUGGACAAGGAAAAGCUCGCAAAACUCCAGGCUCAGCGUCUCGGUGGAAAGGGUACUCCCCGACGAAAGGUCGUCAAGAAGUCUGUCACCGCCACCCAGGGUGAUGACAGGAAGCUCCAGGCCGCCUUGAAGAAGUUGGGUGUGCAACCGAUUGCCGGUGUUGAGGAGGUCAACAUGUUCAAGGAGGACGGAAACGUUUUGCACUUUGCUGCCCCCAGGACUCAAGUCCACGCCGCUCUCCCCUCCAACACCCUUGCCAUCUACGGCCCUGGCCAGACCAAGGAGCUCACCGAGCUCGUUCCCGGAAUCCUCAACCAGCUCGGCCCCGACUCUCUCGCCAACCUCCGAAAGUUGGCCGAGUCUUACCAGUCCAUGACUGCCCGACAAGCUGCCGGUGCCGGUGGUGAGGGUGCUGGUGAGGGUGGUGACGACGAGAUCCCCGACUUGGUGGACAACUUUGACGAGGCGGACGUCAAGAAGAGCGACCUUGAGGAGCUCGAGUAG